CCAGGAACGGCAUGCACUCAUAACAGAACAGCACAUUAUUAACAGCACAGUUCUUGGUUCACUGUGAUCACGACUAAAAACAGUCUCAUCAUGACGAAAAGGAGUCCAGUUCUGUGUCUGUUUGUCAUCUCAGGUUUUUGCUUCUUCACGGGGGUAUCCUCACUCUUUCACAUUAUUGAGCUUUUAAAGAAUUAUGAGGACGCGAAGAGUUAUUGCAGAGAAAUGUACACUGAUUUAGCAACAGUUCGCAAUAUAGCCGAUAUGAACGAUUUGGUCACGGCGGCGGCUUCAGCUUCAGCCACCAUUGUUAGAGCCUGGAUAGGACUGGAGACUGGAGCUGUGUGGAAGUGGCACUGGACUUUGCCUGAACAUCAACUAGUGUAUUCGAACUGGAGAGAAGGAGAGCCACAAAUAAAGAAUCAGGAUGCUUGUGCAGCAAUGGAUCAACAUGGCAAGUGGUUUGAAAGUGACUGCGAAGAUAAAAGAGGUUUUGUUUGUCACGGCAAUGGUGGAUCUAUUGGUCACUUUUUUGUUGCCAACUUGACAUCGUGGAGGGCUGCUCAGAAUCACUGCAGGGGCUUAUCAUCUGAUCUGGUCAGCAUAUCCUCAGCAGAAGUGAAUGAGGCGGUACUUCGUGUAUCUCUGUCACAAAAGGUUUGGAUCGGCCUCUUCAAAGAUCCCUGGAUGUGGUCAGAUGGCAGCAGCUCAUCAUUCCGUGACUGGAAACCCGGUCAGCCUAAUUACCGUAAAGAUCAGAACUGUGUUGCUGCAGUAUUCAAAGAUGGAGGGAAGUGGAAUGAUCUCAAAUGCCAAGGCGCACGCAAGUUUGUUUGUCAAGGGGUCAGUCCACUAACUUCAACAACCACCCAGACAACGACAGAGACGACGACAACAACCCAACUGUCAACAACUACGACAACUGAAGUAACUUCAACAACCACCCAGACAACUACACAGAAGACCACAACAGUCCAAAUGUCAACAUCUACGACCACUAUAGAAACAACUCCCACCACACAGCCAAACACUACAACUCUUACCACCGAACUGAUAACACCAAAUACCACAUAUACAGCGUACAGUACCUUAAGCACGACACUCAGCAAUGUAACUACAGAUACUAUUUCUGCAUCAACAACACCCAUGGGGACAUCAGCCCAAAACACAACACAGCUUUCAUAUCCAACGUCCACUGAAACCAGUCCAAGUUCGCCUGCAGGGAAUCUGAUAUUAAUCCAGCAAAGCAUGACAUGGAUUGAAGCUAUGGGUUACUGUAGAGAGCACCAUAAUGACCUUGUCCAUAUAACCACCAAAGACAUUCAAGAGAAGGUGGCAGAAAAAGCGAAGAACGCCACUUCACCCUACGUUUGGCUUGGCAUACGUUACACCUGUAACUUUGACUUCUGGUUCUGGACGAAGUCGACGUCAGGCUGUUACCAGAACUGGGCUCCUGGAGAAGGAACCGAUGGGACAUAUGACUGUGGUGUUACAGGUGCCAUUCAGGCCACUGGAGGGCAGCAGUGGGUAGGCUUACCUGAGACAGAAAAACUGAAUUUCAUCUGCUCUACUUGUCCUGACUGAGUGUAGAUAACCACUGCUACUUUAGAGGGCAAUGACACUGCAGUUGUAAUGAUUCUGAAUGAAGAAAUAACACCUUUGUGUUGGUUAUAUCUGCAUGAUUUAUUGAGAACCAUGUUUUCGACAACUGUAUCAAGUCCAGUGGAUUUGAUGGACCUCAGCAGAGAUCUUCACGUAUGACGUCAGCUGCCUUCUCUAUUGUUGAGACUGAAUUUCAUUAAAUAUGGAAAACACAUGUGGUGUGUAGGAGUGCACAUUCACAGUCAUGGGCAGCAAAAGAAAUGUGAGAACAUUGAUCUGCUCUAUGCCUCUCACUGUGGGGUUACCAUUUGCAUGUUGACCCUUUAGGCUGGGCCUCAAUAUUGUCUUUUUGAGACCACCAGAGUAUGGCCUUGCUGCCCUCACUGACCUGACCUUCACUAGCAGCCACAUGGAGGACAAGAGCUCACAGACUCCCACCUUUCUUUCUGCACACUUGAGGGACAUGGGAUCAUUUGUAAAACCCAAUAAACAUUAGGGUUUUUCUCGAUUUUUAGUUGAUUAGACACUGUAAAACAACAGUCAAUACUGGUUUCACCCUUAUCACACAUGCCUAAAAUAUCACAUGCUAAACAGUUUAACUUAUGCCUGCUGUUAAUUUACAUACAUCCUUUCCAAAGUCCGAUUCAAGGACUUUUAAAGCACUGUUAAACAUCCACUGUCAUACUUUCAAAAAUGUAAAUGUACAUGAAUACAUACACACUGAAAUGGAUUGUUCUGGUCUUUUUUAUCAUAAUAAAACAGAUGGUAUCAAGCUAU